GCAACAGGGAUGAGUGGAGGGCAAAAGGACACCGAGGAUAAAGAGGCAUAGGUCGGAGAGAGAGAGAGAGAGCGGGAGAGAGAGAGAGGCGGACAGAGGGAGGGAGAGAGAAAAGGCACCUAUUCAGGUGGAUAUAUACGAGACAGGAAGGAACACCUGUGUUUUACAGACUGCUGCUUUCAGCUGAGGGAAGGAGGUACUGUGCUGUGUGGAUUUCAACAAGGGGUUUUACGUGUUUUGACUUUUUCCCAGAAUUUCUUAAAAGGAAAGUGCUUUUGAAUGGCAGAUUUCCCAGGACAGGUCAACACCCAGACAAGUUCACAGCAGGGAAAUUCACAUUUGGGGAACAUGGCAAUGGAUGUAUCCUUCAUUAAGACCAUACCAGCCAUCCUCAUGCUGGUGGAGAUUGGUGUUGGUCUGCUGGUCUGGUCUCUCAUCGCUAGCGCCCAUUUCUACUUCCAUCCGGCAGUCGGCUGGGUGAUGUUCGUAGCUGUCACCCUCUGGCUCCUGACCAUAGUUCUGUUCUUCAUGCUGUUCUUUGGGCUUCAUCAUAGGCUAUCCUCCGUGCCCUGGCCCCUUGCGCUGAUGGUCUACUAUGCAGUGGCCACCUUCUUGUACUUAACUGCUUUUAUAACCAAUGCGGCGGUUGCCAGUUCCUACUACUACACCUUCUUCUACGGCCAUAUGGCGGCAGCAGCGUUCUUCGGCUGUGUGGUGACCCUGACGUAUGGCGCCAGCACAUUUUUUGCCUUCAUGUCCUGGAAAGGAGAUGGCGGCGGCAACGCUGCGGGCUCCACCGUGCCAGUGUAGAGGAACACUCCGGACACACACACCCUUCAACACACACACAUGGCUCAGGAUACGCCUCACUGAAGACACUCGUCCACACUUGGGCGAUGGAUGGUGGCGAACUCUAGUUUACAGUUACCAGUGUUUCUUUUUUUUAUUAAUUUCUGUGCGCUUUUUAAACUAUGCUACUAGUGAACUGAAAACAUUUUAUACUGUAAGAACUAUAAGAACAUUUUAUACUGCAGGUAACCUGGCAACUGCGUGAGAAGGAUAAAAUGCUUCUUUGUACUGUAGCACCUCACGAGUGUUGCCAUGGUUACCAUUCCAAGGCGUUUUGUACUGGCACACAGCCUACACAACAGGACUGUUUGUGGCAAAGAACAUUCUACCUUCCGCAUUCUUCACAUGAUGUGCAGACAAUGCACCUUCUAUUUUUUUUUCUCAACAUGGAAUGUACAAAUCUGAAAAGGCAUUUUGAUAAAGUACAAAAUGAUUUUAAACAAUGUUUGAAUUUAUUCCCACCAGUCACAUCCAUAUUUACAAAGUCUGACUGGCAAAUAUGUACACGUAUGAGACAGUCAUUUCAUUAAAAAAAGUACAUCUCUGACAUGGCGCGGGGAUUUCAGUCAGUGACUAUAGAAGGAACAGGAAUAAAGUUUAGAUGCAGUUAACUGUU